AUGGGUAUGGAUUAUAGGAGGAUACAUGCUUGUCUUAAUGACUGCAUACUAUAUAAAAAUGAGUAUGAAGGGCUACACAAGUGUCCCAAAUGUGGGACUUUGCAGUACAAAGUAAAGAAGACUGAUGAUAUUGAUCAUGGUGAUGAGAUCAUAACUAAAGGGCUUCCUGCAAAGGUGAUGUGGUAUCUUCCAAUAAUACCACAGUUUCAACGUUUGUUUGCUAAUCCAAUAGAAGCAAAGAAUUUGAGAUGGCAUUUUGAUGAGAAACUAUCUGAUAGGAAACUUCGACACCUAGCUGAUUCUCCUCAAUGGAAGACAAUAGAUCAUAUAUUUCCUCAAUUUGGAAGUGAUUCGAGAAACCUUCGGCUUGGACUCUGUACGGAUGGAAUCAACCCAUAUGGACCAAAACAGCCAGGAAACAAUAUUGAUAUUUUCUUGGCCCCUUUGAUUGAGGAUUUAAAAAUGCUAUGGGAGGAAGGUGUAGAUGUAUUUGAUGCUUAUAAGCAAGAGCACUUUAAGUUGCGUGUCAUGAUUUUUACAAUAAUAAAUGAAUUUCCUGCAUAUGAAAACUUAUCAGGAUAUAGUGUUAAAGGCCAUAAUGCAUGUCCUAUAUGUGAAGAAGACACACACUACCACCAACUUAAGCAUGGAAGAAAAAUAGCCUACCUUGGUCAUCGAAGAUUUCUUGAUCGGUAUCAUCCUUAUUGUAGGUUGAAGAAGGCCUUUAAUGGCUCACAGGAGUAUGAAAUGGCUCCAAAGGCCUUAACUGGAGACCAAGUUUAUCAGCGUGUGGAAGGAAUCAAUGUCAUUUUCGAUGUGAGGCAUAGUCUUGACAUGAUGCAUGCGAAGAAAAAUGUAUGUGAUAGUCUUAUUGGUAUGCUUUUACACAUAAGUGGCAAGACUAAAGAUGGAAUAAAUGCUAGACUUGAUUUAGCUGAAAUGGGAAUAAGAAAACGCUUACAUGCACAACAAAAAGAGGGGAAGAAAGCUUAUUUACCCCCAACAGCACACAUAUUAUCUAAAGAGGAGAAAAGAAGUUUAUGCAGAUGUUUGCAUGCUAUUAAAGUGCCACAAGGGUAUUCUUCUAAUGUUAGAAAACUUGUUUCGAUAAGUGAUUUGAAGUUAUUAGGCAUGAAGUCUCAUGACUGCCAUGUGUUGAUGCAGCAACUUUUACUAGUGGCUAUUCGAGGGAUUAUGAAAGAUGAUGUGAGACACACGAUAACUAGAUUGUGUAUGUUCUUUAAUGCUAUAUGCAGCAAAGUUAUAGAUCCUGACAAGUUGGAUGAAUUAGAAAAUGAGGGUUAUAUUACUUUAUGUCAAUUAGAAAUGCACUUUGCUCCAGUAUUUUUUGACAUUAUGGUGCAUUUAAUACUUCAUUUGGUUAGAGAAGUAAGACUUUGCAGUCCUGUUUAUCUUAGAUGGAUGUACCCAUUCGAGCGAUACAUGAAAAUCCUAAAAAGGUAUUCUAAAAACCCAUACAGGCCUCAAGCAUCAAUUGUUGAAAGAUCUGUGGCAGAAGAGGCUGUUGAAUUUUGUACUACAUAUCUAAAAGGAUUGAAGGCUGUUGGGGUCUCUCAAACUCAGCAUGAGGGGAUAAGACUUGCUGGUAAGGGAACACGGGGGGUCAGAGUGAAAUGUAUGUCUCAUGAAGAAGUCUUGCAAGCACAUUUGUACAUCUUGAAUAACAUGAAAGAAGUUCAACCUUAUUUAGAUGCUCAUAAAAAGUUGUUGAAAGACAAAUACCCAAGAAAGAAUGAAAUGCAACUGGCUAAUGAGCACAACAAGACUUUUAAAAAAUGGUUCAAGGAAAAAGUUACGAAUGAGACUAGUAUGUCCGAUACAAUAAUGUGGUUAGCUGAGGGACCUCAUUUUGAGAUCGUGUGUUGGGAUGGGUACGAUAUAAAUGGAUAUUCUUUCUAUACAAAAGCCCAAGAUGAUAAAAGUACCAUGCAAAAUAGUAGGGUAAUGGUAAAAGCGAAAACCCAGCAUUUUUCUAGUUUAAAAGAUAAUAACCCAUUAUUGGCUCGCACCGACUAUUAUGGAGUGGUUGAUGAGAUAUGGGAGGUGAAUUACACUAAAUUCAAAAUACCUAUUUUCAAAUGCAGGUGGGUUCACUUUAAUGCUAUUGAAGUAGAUAAGGAAUUUGGGUUUAUUUCAGUUGAUCUCAAGAGGCUUAGUUUUAAAGAGGAGCCCUUCAUUUUAGCAAGUCAGGAAAAACAAGUUUUUUACGUCAUUGAUCCAGCGAAUAAACAGCGUUCUAUUGUACUACUAGGCAAAAAACAAAUUAUUGAUGUAGAGGAUGAUGACUCAACUUUUAACCUUGAUGAAACCCUGCCUUUCACUAUAAAUCUACCUAGAUCAACUGAAGUAGAUUUGGUUGAUGAUGAAUAUGCAAUUAGAGAUGAUCAUUGUGAAGGAAUUUGGGAGAAUGAAUAA